CUUACGCUUGUAGAUGCUCUGAGCACAACUUGAAACUCUUGCCCCUCUUGAGGGGGACGUUUGAGUCGCUGACCGUGUCACUAUCGUUUCGCGCUGCUUAGUGAUGUAUAAAGAAUCAGCCUUGUAAACAUUGAUUGUUGCAUACGGCAUUUGCCUUCGGGUGCGUCUCGCAAGUGGUGCCCAGCAGUCCCGCUCGACGCUCCCGAAGGCUUUGCUAUUGACCUUAGGAGCAUUCAAUGUUCAGCGGUGUGGUGCUGAAUGGGUUUUGAGUUCAGGAUGUGGGAAUUGAGUUACCAAAGCAGCUUAAACUCGUAGGGCGGGAGGCCCAUAGCUGGAGGAGCUUGCGCGGCCGAGAACCGCAAUGGCCGACUCGCAGCCGACCGAACCGGCAACCGGAAGCAAUCCGAAUACUCACUUCUUCCGGCCAAAUGACGGCAUCUACGUAUCAGAGGGCGCGGAGCAUCGCACGAUAUGUGUGUCGCCCCACCUACCGCCGUCGAUGUCGCGGAACGGCACGGACUGGCACGUUGAGCAGUUUGAGCUCCAUAAGGAGCUGUACCGCGGGAAAACGUCACUCCUCUACAUGGCGACCGACCGAAUAAGCGGCGUUCAGGUAGCGCUGAAGCUUUAUCGCAAGCGCAAGCUGAGCGUGUUGAACCGGUAUCAAGUGGAACGCGAGGUGCGGUUGCACAUAAACCUGCACCACGAAAACAUCAUCCACCUGUUUGCGGCCUUUGAGGACGAAAAGCACGUCUACAUGGUCCAGGAGUUUGCCGUGUGCGGCGACUUGUUUGAGGACCUCAAAAAGGGCGGGGGGCAGCUGAAGGAGAAGUACGCCGUACGGGACGUCAUCGUGCCGUUCCUUUCAGCGCUGUCGUACCUGCACGGCAUGGGCAUCAUCCACCGCGACAUCAAGCCGGAGAACAUCCUGCUGGGGGCCAACAAGACCAUCAAGGUGGCGGACUUCGGACUGUCCAUCAACAUCCACCACGAACGGCCUGUGACACGCGCCGGAACGCUGGACUACAUGGCUCCGGAGGUGCUGGUGUGCCCUGACAAGCGGCGGCCGGAGGAGAACAAGGACAAGGUGCUGCUGGGGUACACGGCGCAGGUGGACUCUUGGGCCGUGGGCAUCCUGGCAUAUGAGCUGUUGGUGGGCUACCCGCCCUUUGAGCAGGAGUCUCGGGCCGCCACGUACGAGCACAUCAUGUACAAGGAGGCCAAGUUCCCCAGCUGGAUGAGCGAGGAGGCGCGGCGCUUCAUAGGGCUGGCGCUGUGCAAGAACGCCUCGCAGCGCCCCACCAUCGCGGACCUGCUGACGCACGCCUGGGUGCAGCCCUACCUGGUGCGCCACCCGCCCGGGGUGGCCGGCAGCACCGGCACCGCCGGCCCCAGCCGCCUGCGCAACAGCGUGUCCAUGGCAAUCCACGACACCACCAGCGGCGCCGUGCCCGCGGCCUCCUCCGCCUCCUCGCAGCCGGCGCAGCCGGCGCGGGCCUCCUCCGUAUCCGUCCAUUCGGCAUCACAGCCGCUCACGGGGUCAGGCAUGACGCCGGCGCCGCCGGCAGGUGCGGCGUCCGUUACCUCGUCCUUGAUGGGUGCCGGCGGCGGCGGCGGUGUCGGCGCCCGGGUGGUGGUGCAGCUGCCUGGCCAGCCGCCGGUGCAGCGCAGCAGCAGUCACAUGGUGGCGGACUCGAGCUCGCCCAAGCACGCUGCGGGCGGAGGCGGUGCCUCGCCGGGCGUUGGGACAUUGGCGCGCUCGCCGCAGCCGCACUCGCACGCACACGGCGCCGCCGGUUCGCCGGCGAUGGGCGCGGUCGCCGGAGGGCUGGGGCACGGCAGCGGGCUUGGCGGCGGGCAUGGAGGAGCAGGAGGCGGGCAGCCGUAUGGCGCGGGCACGCACUCGCUCAACACGAGCACCAGCCUCAAGGUAGCUGUGCCUCCGGGCUCGCAGGACCCCAUCACGGGCUCCGAGAGCCGCCUGCACGACUCCAUAUCCGACCCCACCAUCCGCUCCUUCGAGCCGACCCCGCCACCGCCCCACCACCUCAUGCCCAGCCAGCCUCCGGGCGCCGUCUCCUCCGCCGCCCUCAUGCCGGCCUCCCGCAGCGGCGGCGGCGCACCCCACGGCGGCGGCGCCGACGGCCUGGAGCGAGCCCACAGCGGGCUGGGGGGGCUGGUGGGCAGCGGCAGCUCCGCCUACGUGCUGGGCGGCGCACGCACCCCGGCGGCUUUGGGCGGCCCCUCCCAGGGCAACAUGGCCUCGCGGCUGGGCCUGUCCUCCAGCCACUCAAUCAGCCGGCCCAGCCCGCCGCCGCUGGCGCUCAGCGAGAGCACAGAGGCCAUGUCCAGCGACGCCUCCUGUGCUGGCGACAGCUACGCGCCCAUGCCGCUGUCGCCGUCGGGCCUCACACCCGCGCCGCCGGGCCGCAGCGGCCUCGGCUCCGCCGGCGGCCCUCGGCCCGGGUCCGGCGCAGCCGGGCCCGGCACGCCGCCCGCGCCCGGGCUGCGGCACCGCUUGGUGCCGCCGGGCAUCAACACGGCGAAUCUGGGCAUGGGCGGGAGCGGGGCAGGCGGCGGCGCGGGGAGGUUGCCGGCGCCGCCAGCCAGCCCUAAGCCGCUGACGCCGGACCUGGGCCCUGGCUUCCACCGGCCGGCCAGCGGCGUGCUGAGCGACGACUCGUUCCUGCCGCCCGCGCGCUCGCCCAGCAUGUCGGUGGGGGCGCAGCACCUCAGCCCGUUGCAGGCCGCGCUACUGGCGCCCCGGCCCAGCAUCAGCCGGCUAAACAGCCCCAGCCACAGCCGCCGCAACAGCCUGUCACAGGCCGGCAACGUGCCCGGCACGGGCGGCACCUCCUUCGGCGGCCCCAGCCUGCCGCUGCACUCCACGCCGCUGCCGCAGCUCUCCCCCGACUACGGUGCCGACAGCAGCGCCGGCGGCCUGUACGCGGAGGACAGCGCCCGCAACAGUGCCAGCCACAAGUACGUGAUCGGCGGCAUGGGCAGCGCGGGAGCCGGCGGCGGCGCCAACGGCAGCAGUGCGCGCAUGCUGGGCAAGCUGUGGCCCGGCGCCGGCGGCGGCGGCGGCGGCGGGGGUCUGGACUCGCCUAUGGACAUGCCGAGCAGCAGCGCCGCCAGCUUCAGCUCGCGGGGUGGUGGCGGCGGCGGGGCGGCGGGCGCCAACGCGUCGCCCAUGGCUCGCAGCGCGGCGGCGGCGCGCGUGCGUAUGAUGACGCCGGAGGACCUGCGGCCGCUGAUGCGCGAGAGCAGCAUCAGCAGCGGCACGCCCAAGGGCAGCGGCGCGGGUGGCGACCUGCGCUCCGAGCUGGCGCAGCCAAGCAUGACGGUCUACAACCGGCCGGGCAAGGUGCCGGGCGUGGGGCGCGCCGCCAUCGCCGCGCGCGAGGCGGAGGCGGCGGAGGCGGCCGCGUCGCUGACGGCUGCCGGCAACUCCCUGAACAAGACCAAGAGCCUGGUGAACCGCAACCUGAACGGGGUGCUGGGGGAGGACGGGCCCAGCGGCCUGGCUCGCAUGGGCAGUGAUGUGGCGCUGGCGCGCACGGCGGCGGGCCAGGCGGCGGCGGCCUCCACGGCGCCGGCGGUGGCCAGCCAGCGCUCCUUCACCGGCGCCAACAGCGCGUUCGCGCGCAAGCUGGCCAACGGCGCCAUCGCCACCAAGGUGACGGAGUACGUCAAGGGCCGGCUGCCGCACGAUGAGGACAUGGACGACUGAGGACGCGAGGAGGGAGGGAGGCGGGGGCGCCUCCGAGCGGAGCGGUGGGGCUACAACUCGGCUUUCACAUCUGCAUCUGCAGCGGAUCGGGCUGCGUCGGGAGGACGCAGCUGUACACGGAGCAGAUUCCGCGGCUGGCUGGGGCUGGUGAUGGCAGCGGAGCAAUGUUCUGAACGCCACGGGCCCUGGCGGUCAGGGGCCGCAGUCCGCAUGCUGCGGCUCGGCGCGGAGCGCCGUGUCGCAUUCAGCCCUGGCGAGCGUUUUCAUGUGCGACCGCCGCGCGCAUGUGCCCGGUGCAACCACAGCAGAGGUCGCAGCACUGCAGGACCCCGGCGCUGCUGCAACAGGCAGCAGCCAGGCCUGCGGGACCAAAGCAUGGGGCAUGCGCGCGGCGACGUCUUGAGCGGCCCUCUGGUACGGGGGGGGGGGGGGGGGCUGUGCCGUGCUGGCGGGCGGUCGUCGAGAAGACGGCACGGCCCGCGAUUGACCGUCUUGACCGGCAGAUGUACCGAAGUGAUGCAGUCGUUGUCUGCAAUCAAUCUUGACAACCUCGAUAGCGGUAGACGCGCAUGUGGAGUUGGUCUCUCUAUAGUGCACCGGUGCGGUUUGCUGCGCGGGACCGGGGCUAUGAGGCGCCCUGCCUACAAGGAACGGAUCCUACACGUGUUCACAAGCUAGCAAAUUCAUCAUGUCCACACUACCCAGAUGACUGCUGCACAUGGCGAGCUUGCGUCGUGAUGCUAGGCCGCGGCCGCAGGCAUCGACGUGUUGGUGAAUGGUCCAGUGCGCAAACUGCAAGUUGAAUGUUGGUUUGGCUAGCUGGCAUUGUGGGGCCAGACCUGCACACUGAUGCUUCUGAGCUGUGUGCCUCGGCACUGGGGAUGUUUUGCAGUUUGCUUUGGUGACGGCAUUGCACUUGUGGGCGGAGCAUUGGCGCGACUGAGAAGUUUUAUGACGAAAGGUUUCAUAGCAUGUGAACGCUUGUGGGAAGUAGCGCUAUGCAGGCUGAAAGUCGGCGCGACGGAAGCCAGUAAGGCAGCAUGGCUAUGCCAAAGGCAGAGGGAACUUGGGCACUGGGCAGUGAGUACAGCAGCACUUCGUGACCGGCGUGAAAUGGGGUGGGGAACACAUGUAUGUCGCUUCUCGAUUACGAAUGGUUUGGUGGUGGCGGCUCAGCAGGACAUUAGCAGCGGCAUACAAUGCGGCGAAGGCAGACAAACCAUACCUCCCGUGACCUCUGACUGUGAUCUGAUGACAAGUUGACUUCGGUCCAGAGUAUUUUACCACUUGACAUCUAAUGUGCUAGCGAACCGGCAAUGAAUACGGGGCUCUUGGGACGGGGGUAUGUUAGCUCAGCAGCGUCAAACAGCGCUGCCGGUACAAAUAUUUAGUGGCGUCUGUGAGACGUGUGUAGGUCUGUGGGUGUUGAGAUGGCCGUGCUGGCUCGGAGCGCAUACGGUGGCGGGGCUGUGAUGGGGUGGCGCGGAUGGCGCCACGCCACAAACAGACCGUGUUCGCGCGCGAGCUGGAGACCUGGCGCGCAGGGCUGCCCAACUGGAAGGAACUGGGUGGAUUGUGGUGGCAGGUUUGGUCCAGGGCUCCAGGCGACACGUCCUGUAUAUGGAAGUACUCA